GUCAUCUCGGCGCGCCGCUCCGCCACGGCAGCGAGGCAGCAAGAUGGCGGCGUCCCGGCAGCCGCCGCUGCUCGUCCUGCUCUGCCUCGUCUCCCUGUUUCCCGCCGCCGCCGCGCUGCUCGACGGGCUCUACUGCGGCGGCACGAACUGCUACGACGUGCUCGGGGUCGCGCGCGAGGCUUCGCGGGCCGAGAUUGCGCGCGCAUACCGGCAGCUGGCGCGCGUGCACCACCCGGACCGGUCCGCGCAUGCGCAGCAGCAGGCCGCCACCGAGCGCUUCCUGCUCAUCGCGACAGCUUACGAGACUCUGAAGGAUGAGGACUCGCGGCGCGACUACGACUACAUGCUGGACCACCCGGACGAGUAUUAUCAACACUACUACGCGUACUACCGGCGGCGGCUAACGCCGCAGGUGGACGUGCGGCUUGUCGUCCUGGUGGCCGUCUGCGCCAUCUCCGUCUUCCAGUACUACAGCUGGAGCAGCAGCUACAACGAGGCCAUCAACUACCUGCUAACGGUCCCUAAGUACCGGAUCCAGGCGGCGGAGCUAGCGAAGCAGCAGGGCCUGAUCCUGACCAAUCAGAAGGGAAAGAACCGGCGGAACAAGGAGCAGAUCCGCGAGCAGGAGGAGCUGGUCCUGCGCGACAUCAUCAAGACCAAGAUCGACAUCAAGGGCGGCUACCAGAAGCCCAACGUGUCCGACAUCCUGCUCUGCCAGAUCUGCCUGUUCCCGUACCGCGCCGCGCGCUACGUAGCCUGGUACGCCGCUUGGGUUUACCGCUUCAGCAUCCGCCGGGAGGAAUACGGCGACGAGGAGAAGCUCUACCUCGUCAGGAAGUACAUGAAGAUGUCGCAGUCGCAGUUCGACAGCCUGGAGACGAGUAGCAGGGAGACGUUUCUGGAACGGCGGCUCUGGGUCCGAGAGAACUACGAGGACUACCGGCGGGAGCAGGAGGAGGAGAUGAAGGCCAAGAUGGCCGCCGACCCGCGCAUGAAGCGCUACCGGCGCUGGAUGAAGACGGAGGGACCGGGACGGCUCACCUUCGCCGAGGACUGAAAAUAAAACUCUACUAAACAUAAAAACACAAAAUCACCACCUUGUUGUUUACGCUCGUUUAAAGACGGAGAAACGCCAGACUCUUUCCACGGCGUCUUCUCAUCUCCGGCCACCAGGUGGCGGGAAACGAGCAUCCGCCGCCGUUAGCGAGACGGAGACGAAGAAGAAGGAUGAUGCAGCAAAAAAUCCAGAGAAGAAGAAACCCCAAAAAAAAACAACUUUAAAUUAUUUUUUUUGGUGAAGAAAUUAAUGAAUUAUUUAACCUAAAUACUACCUAAAAUGAAGUAUUUAGGUUGUUUUUUUUCUUCACCAAUAAAACGCAAUUAAAGGUUUUUAUUUUUCUUCUUUUUUUCUUCACCCAAAAAAAAAUAUAUAUUUUUUUCUCCCUUUUUUUUUCUUCAAAAAAGUUU